UUUUUAUGUAACAAACGUGUGUCUACGGGAAAGUCGGUCCACUGCACUAGCAAGGACUGGGGUAGCUUUAGAAAUGAAGAGGCACGUUAACAGAAGAAACUCGAAACCUACAUAAUAUUUUCCUCUUUCUUUUAACGCAACAAUGUCGCUCCAGCCGCGGGUGGAGGACGCGCCGGAGGAGAGGACGGCUUUCUUCAUCGGCGCUGACUCGGAUUCUGCUUUGGAGGAGCAGGAACACCAUCAGCUAAUACUACAGAAAGCCAAUGCUUUAGUGUUGGAAAACUGCCUGAAAGAAGCCAUUGACUGGUUUACAGCCGCUAUGCAAUAUGGCCCUGUGCGACCAGAACAGUUAAGCACCUUCGUGGACUGUAUCCUCCGCAACUUCAAGAGAAAAGAGGAUGGGCCAGGCUCACUUUCGGCCCGGAGUCAGCACGUAGGGGAUAGCGGCGGUGGGGACGAUAUGUUUGACUGUCCCAACUGCCAUAGCUUUAUAGGUGAACCUGUGACCAUAGCAUGUGGACAUUCGUAUUGUAAAAGGUGUUUACAACGACGGCUGCUCUCCAAAUGUAAGCUGUGCAGGGAGACUGUGAGCGGCGAGGAGAAGGCGAAUGUAAUUCUGUGCGGACUUUUAGACAAAUGGUUUCCCGAGGAGCGGCGAAAGUCGAAAACGCUAUUUGAAGUGGAUGAACUCUGUAGAAAAAAACAAUACGAAGAAGCUAUUUCGCUAGCAACAGAAGUUAUUCAGUGUGAUCCUGCAGAUCCAGAAACGACAGCGUUGGCACGACUGUCCCGGGCCGAGGCGUACACGGCUCUCAAAAUGUACCGUCUGGCUUUGGAGGACACGGACCUCAGUCCCAUGUCCAGGGCUUCUGCUGAAGCUUUGUUCAGAAAAGCUAUGGUGCUGCAUGAGAUGGGCGAGGUGGACGAGUCUCUCCAAGUCUUCCUCCACUGCCUGUCUGAGGAAGAAGACUUCCCCUGUGCUAAAAGACAAGUGGAAAAGAUCCUGUGUGACCUGCUCUCCCCCACUGGUGAGAACGUGAAGGUUGGCCUGAGGGAAACCACUCAGAACACGUCGCCUCACCUGCGCAGUAAAACCCUGGUGGCCCUAGAACAACCACAGAGCCCAGUCCAAAGACAACACCAACCCCAGGCCCGCGCAGCCUCAGCACACCAACAUCAGGACAGCCAGGAGAGGCGCGGGGAGAGCCUGGAGCGGCCUGGUCUGAGCCGAGCUCACUCACUGCGGAUGUACGGCUCGAGCUGCGGAGAGGAAGGGUUAAAGAGAGUUUGCUCUGCUCCCCAGCUGGGGGACGAGGACAAGGGGAGCCUACUGAAGAGGAAGCUGUCGGUGUCAGACACAGAACCCUGUGUUGUCGGCAGUGGAAGUAGCAAGUCUAAAAAACAAGGUUUGGUGAAAGGCUCCAAACAAAAGGCUGCCAAAGCAAAAACAUGCAGAAGUGUUCCUGAGGAUCAUGUGGACCCUAACGAUUUGGAGUGCUCUCUCUGCAUGAGGUUGUUCUACGAGCCUGUGACGACUCCAUGUGGCCACACCUUCUGCAAAAACUGUUUGGAGCGCUGCUUGGACCACACGUCCCAGUGUCCCCUCUGCAAAGAGAGCCUGAAAGAGUAUCUAGCAUGUAGAAAAUACAUCGUGACAACUCUCCUGGAGAAGCUGAUCAAACAGUAUUUGAGUAAGGAGUAUGAAGAGAGGACUAAAACAUAUCUGGAGGAGACCAGAGAACUUUCUGAUCUGACGAAGAAUGUGCCUAUCUUUGUGUGUACCAUGGCUUACCCCACCGUGCCUUGCCCGCUGCAUGUCUUCGAGCCACGCUACCGCCUCAUGAUUCGCCGCUGCGUGGACACGGGCACGCGGCAGUUUGGGAUGUGUAUUAAUGAUCCCCAGAAAGGGUUUGUAGACUAUGGCUGCAUACUGACCAUCAGGAGCGUCCAUUUCCUGCCUGACGGACGAUCAGUAGUGGACACCAUCGGAGGAAAGCGCUUCCGGGUCCUGUCCCGAGGGAUGAAGGAUGGUUACAGUACAGCCAACAUCGAGCAUCUUGGCGAUACCAGGGUGGAGGACAGUGAGGAGCUUGGGAAACUACAGGAGCUGCACGAUGCCGUGUAUGAGCAGGCCCGCGACUGGUUCCAAAACCUCAAGAUCCACUUCCACAACCAGAUCCUGCAGCACUUUGGGCCAAUGCCAGAGCGAGAAUCUGACAUCCAGGCGACUCCUAAUGGUCCGGCCUGCUGCUGGUGGCUGCUGGCUGUCCUGCCCAUCGACCCGCGAUACCAGCUCUCUGUCCUCUCCAUGACCAGCCUCAAAGAACGCCUGGUGAAGAUCCAGCACAUCCUCACCUAUCUGCAGAGCAUCCCAAACAACUAGAGCUUCCUCUUCUGAUCACCACAAACAUUCAAUAGAGUUUGUAAUGGCAUUUAAGCAACCUUGUAUCAACAUCUCACAUAUUUCUGUUUCUACUGCCAUCUUAUGCUUCAACUUUUCUUUACAACAACACCUCUAGUUUAACAGCUUCCAGUAUAAAGCCUACACAAGAGAAAAGACAAGCUGAAACCUCACUGAAUUGUGGAUCACUGAAACUAAAGAUGUGGCAAAACCACCUCAGGGAUAUUCCCACUGAAAAAUGAUUUGUGUAUAUUUGGGAAACAACACAAAUAUGACAGACACUAUUUUCAUCUGCUCUUAAUCCUAAAUGCUUCUCACCUGAUAAGAAUGUCAAUGAGUUUGUUAAAAGAGAAGUUUCUAUUACCGCUGAUUGCCAUUGUUUUGAUGCUGUUAAAAGCAACAACAGAAAGGAGUAUUUUAACAAUCAACCAUAAAGGAUAUUACUUACGGAGCUGACGGGAGGAGAGUAGUAUAGUUUGUGUGGGAUCAUCCCUGGUGAAAUCAGAUAAAGGAAGUUUUCUGUUGUUUUGUCUGUCGGCUGUAAGAUUUAGGUUUGUUUGGAGGAGGGGUGAUGUGUUUCUGCGGAAAAAAAUCCUAAAUGCUGAAAGUCCAAAAUACAUGAUAGCAAGAUGUGGUUUGGAUGAUCCACUUAGUGGAAGUUGUGCAUGAUAAGCAUGUGCCUCUUAGUAAUGCAAAAGGACCGUCCUGUGAAAGAACAAGACGAUUUUUCCUAUCGUUCUCCACUUUUCUUCCAAGUUGUCAUGCAAAGAUUGGGCAUAUUAUACCUUUUAAUCGGGUCUAAAUCUCACUCAUGGCCCUUAAAUCUAAUCUUGAUCCGAUGUUUUUGAAAUGCUUUUCUUCCCCUGACAGUUACCAGAAGUCGUAUGCACUUUCUUUGGCUAUGUUGAUUUGUUAUGGACAUUUGGAUAACCUGGUUGAGUUAGAGGAUAUAUGGUGUUUAAGAUACAGUGUUUCUUUCCAGAAAUCGUCAAUCUUCUAUACCAAAAUGUUGAGACACCCGUUUCAUUAACUAAAAAUGAAUUAAUUUAAAAGGAAGAAUAUAUUUGUACAUUCUAAUGUGAAUAAAAAAAUCCAAGGUGUUCUUGCAAUAUUAUGACAAAUCAAAACCAGACCCACACAACAUGAUACAACAAUGGGUAAGAUUAGUCUUCAUUCAAAGCUGCUCAGUCUACAUGGAGGGAAGAGGAGCUGCGGUGCUUGUCAGUACUGCGAUUGCCUUACACCAUUUUGGUAUUGUGAUUUUUAGCUACACAGUGACUUGGCUACCAUUCCUUUUGUUGCCAUAGUGUGAAGUAUGUUUUAAUGUUCUUUCCAGUUUAUGGAACCAUUUGUUCACAUUGUGUAUAAAAGAUCGUAAAGAAACGAGAUUCAAGUCACGACUGUUGUAUGGAUUAAACACCUGUUUAAAAGGAAAAAGGAUUUUGGUCAGAUGUUUAAGUUAUCAUUUUUCCAUAAUAAAUGCACUUCUUUUUCAACUUCA